AUGCCAAUAAAAAAAUAGCUAGGUGUCCAUGUGUAAUUUGUGUGGAACAAUAUUGCACAAGAAGCUUAAUAGAUUUAGAAAAACGAUAACAAAAAAAAAUAAAAAAUUGAAGAACAAAAGAUAAAUGUCCUUUUUUUCCAAAGUUUACUCGCCCUGCUGAGUGGUGUACAGCGUUAAGAGGCCAGCAUUCGGACUCCAGAGUUUAACGACCCUAGUUCGAGUCUCUGAUAGUAGUCCGUCUGCUACAGCAGGGUAGGCCCAGAGUGAAAGACGAAGCUCAAGCCUGCCUCCAUUUUUCUCUCUCUCUCUUUUUUUCAUUUCUUUUUACUUUUUUCAAGCCGCAAUUAAAAGCUCAGGGAAACACUUAGUUUUAAGGCGGCCUUUAAGGCACCCUAUAUAUCAGUCCAUACAGCGGUAAGGGCCAAUCUCAUGUAUCAGUUACACAUAUAUCAACGAAGGAAGAAAACAGGCCCAAACCAAAGAGGUGUGCAGGGAAAAAAUCAGGGGGAUGACUGAAGCUAUCACCUUGCUAAUCCUUGCUGUCCAAACUGGCCUCAUUGAGCUGCAGGAGUUUGUGGAAGCACUUCCGUGCAGUUUCUCUCUGUCUCUUCCUGCUGAUCUUUCCAGCGUACAUGGCUUAUAUGAUCUGCCAGUUCUUCCACAUGGACUUCUGGCUUCUCAUCAUCAUCUCCUCCUCAAUCCUCACCUCUCUCCAGGUGCUUGGCACUCUGUUGAUCUGUUGUUCUCUUCAUGGUGGAGGAGUUUCGUAAAGCUCCAGUGUAGAACAUGGAUGAAGUCAUAUAUUGUGUAAAUGGGAGCUACAGAUUGCUGGAGUUUCUGCUAUGUGUCACACACACACACACACCAACUCUUUGCUAAGUUCUGACUGUAAACAGACACUGUCAUGUAAUGCAUCAGCACUGUCUCUGCCUCACUGUCAGUGAUUUGUUACCUCACCAGGUUGCGGUGUGCGUGGUGUGCUAUGGUGUAUCAGAGACUGUAUUUGGCGAGUGGAGUGUGAUGGGAAGCACCAUCAUCUUGGUCCACUCGUACUAUAACGUCUGGCUCAGAGCCCAGCUGGGCUGGCAGAGCUUCCUGUUCAGGAGAGAUGCUGUAAACAAGAUAAAAAGCCUCCCUACAGCUAGCAAUACACAGCUGGAGCAGUAUAAUGACAUCUGUGCUAUCUGCUUCCAGGACAUGACCAGUGCUGUGUUCACUCCGUGCAGUCAUUUCUUCCACGCUGGCUGUCUGAUGCCCUCUCUGUCGUUCACAACCAAGAGCCAAUCACCAACUAACGGUGGAGCUACCCGAGGUACACCUGCAGCCAAUCAGAACCCUGCAGGACAGGAAGAAGGCACUCUACUGGAUGACAGGAAAGAGGGAGCGUCAGUAAAGCAGGAGGGAGAUAAUGAAACUGCCACAUCAGCAGGGGAAACCUCCUCUUCCACCUCCCCCACUGGCAUGUCUGCUCCCCUGCCCAUCGUCAAACCUCCAUUAUCAUCUUCCUCUUGUUCUUCUUCUCCUCUUGCAACUGAUUCUGUGCUCCACCAGUCCCCUGCAGAUCACCCUUCUGCAUCUUCUUUCUCUACCUCUUACACAUCAGACACACCCGACGCUCCUGCAUCUCUCUGCCAUUCUGUCUCCACCUUUCACCAACCAACUUCACAGGUACUGACCUAAGCAGAGGCGAACCCUGCUAAACCCGAAUCCCCCCCUCAGCUAAAAUCAGUCUCCCUUGUGGACAGCCAGGCAAACUCUACUGGUCCAUCAUCACAAUCUAACCCACCAACUCCCCAUUCAGUGGAACCUCCUCCACGUCCUCCACCUCCUCCUCCAUUCAACCCCUGAGCUCCAUUUUAACACACACACAACAUACAUACAUGCAUAUAUAAUUACACAAUCUAAAU